AUGUCGACAGACAACCCGCCAAAGGCUCUCCUAACCGAUGUCUUCGGGACAGUUGUCGACUGGCGCAGCACUGUGACUGAUCACCUCUCGGCCUCUGCGUCCGAAGCCCUCAAUUCCUCCAUCCGCUCCAUUCCCAGCACGGUCCGGACCGCAGCUUCGGAUAUCUCCUGGCCAGCCGUAGCCCAACUGUGGCGGGAGUCUUACCAUCAUUUCACCCGAACCUACGACCCUUCGGCCAGGGACAAGGGCAAGUUCAAAACGGUGGACCAGCACCAUGUCGAAGCACUCCACAAGAUCCUUAUAGACCAUGGGCUUGACGGGUUGUGGACUGAGGAAGAAGUCCAGAAGAUAAGUAUGAUAUGGCACUUUCUAGACCCCUGGCCCGACUCUGCUUCGGGCCUGGGACUUUUGAACCGAAAGUUUCAGACUGCUACCCUCAGCAACGGGAACACGAGUCUUCUCUCGGACCUGGCAAGACAUGGCUCCCUUCCAUACACACACAUCAUAUCUGCCGAGGACUUUGGCGCCUACAAGCCCCAUCCGAGUGUCUAUCUUGGCGCGGCGAAGAAACUGGGGUUGCAGCCCAAAGAAUGUGCUCUAGUAGCUGCUCAUUUAGGAGACUUAAAGGCCGCCCACGGCUGUGGUUAUCAGACGAUUUAUAUUGAGAGACCCAAAGAGGAGGCAUGGUCAAAGGAUGAUGUUGCCAAGGCAAGGGCUAGUAGCUGGGUUGAUUUAUGGAUAGACCUAAACGACGACGUCGGUGGUUUUCUCGAGGUUGCCAAAAGAUUUGGGCUACAGUGA